AUGAGUCCCUUCUUCUCUUUCAUUCUUCCAGCCCUCUUCCUCUCCUUCCUGAUCUCGACCCACCUCGCGAAUGGCCAGAACUUGAUCAACGAAACGUGCGAAACAGUCGCACGUCGUGAUCCAAACGUCGGGUACAACUUCUGCACAACUUCCCUACAGGCAGCGCCAGCGACCCAGUGUGCAAGUUUACGAGGGCUCGGGAUGAUCUCGAUCAGACUCGUACGCCACAACGUUACAGAUACGCGUUGUUACAUCAAACACUUGCUGAAAAACAGGACACGGGAUCCUCUUUCAGAACAAUAUUUGAAGGAUUGCUUUGAACUUUUUUCUGAUGCAAUCUCUUCCGUGAAGCAGGCCAUGAAAUAUUACAAGUCGAAACGAUAUGACGAUGCUAAUAUACAAAUAAGUUCUGUAAUGGAUGCUGCUACAACUUGUGAAGAUGGAUUUAAUGAGAGAGAAGGGUUAGUUUCUCCAUUGACAAAGAGAAAUCGUAAUACGUUUCAACUCUCUGCUGUGGUACUCUCUAUUAUGCAUGAGAUUCAGAAAUGA